UUAUGUUUGUUGUGGCCGUCUGAAUUUCUGACACGUAUUAUUGAUUAUUCCGGGCGAAUUAAAAUUCAUUACAGCUGAAUAUUAGACCUUCUAGACAAGUGGUUAUUGUCAAGAUCAGUGAUAGUCAAGAAACUACAAGUAAACUCGACAGAAUGGGGUUUUUAGACAGCGUACCAACCCAUAUGGAUUAUAAGGGACAGAAACUUGCAGAGCAGAUAUUCCAGGCAAUAAUUAUGCUGUUUGGGAUUGUAGGGUUCAUCUGGGGUUAUGUCUGUGAGCAGUUUGUACAGACGGUGUACAUUCUCGGUGCUGGUUUUGUUCUCUCCUGUAUACUCACCUUACCUCCCUGGCCGAUGUACAGGAGAAACCCAGUGGCAUGGCAGAAACCCCAGCAGCAUGUGGCCGCUGCACCAGUAGUUGAAAACACAGCACAAUCUGCACGCAAGUCGGGGAAAAGGAAAGACAAAUCCAGAUAGAUUUCCUUCGAUAUUUCACAUUUGAAUUUUCUUUUCUCUUAUUUUGUCAUUUGUUCAUUGUUUUAUUGGAAGAAUGUGAUGGUUUGUUCUAUUUCUUAUCUUCAUGAAAAAAAGUCCAUUCCAAUAUCAAUCAGAAUACAAACUUUAGAUUCUUACAGCCUUGUAUUGAACAACUUAAGACCUCAAAAAGGGAAUGAUUCUUUUAUUAUCCAACGGCUCUAGAAUUCGUAUUGGAACUAGAUGGGCCUUGUGCAGAGCUUAUGGGAGUUUCAGACUUCAGUUGUCAACAGGUUAAUCCAUAAAUUUAUUUAUAAUGGAAGAUUGCUUUUUUCCUUUCCCUUUUAUCAUUCCUUCAUUUGUUUCACAUGGGUGUUUCCUUGAAGGUCAAGUCCACCUCGGAAAAAUGUUGAUUUAUUAA